CGGUUAUUCGGGGCACUAUCAGUAAGAACAGCGUAGUCUGCCGUUACCGAUGGCGCGAGCAGGCAAGGAGAGUUCUAUGCAGAGAGAGAAUACACAGUCGUCAACGUCGAGUCAAACCAAUCGCGAAAAUGGUCGAGGUCAAGACCCCCCAGCCUUUCAAAAAGGCCCUUUGGUUCUCUGAGGAAGAGUUCGCUCAGCGACGACAGAAGGCCUUGGAGCUCAUGAAACGAGAGAACCUGGAUGGCUUCUUGAUAACCAAGCAAGAAUCCAUGUACUACUUUACCGGCUAUGAUACCACUGGCUUUGUCUUCUUCCAAGCCAUGUACUUCCACAACGACGGGUCCUUGAAAUUGAUCACUCGACUACCGGAUCUCCGCCAGGCUCUCUACACGUCCGUCUUGGAGGAAAAGGACAUCGUGAUCCGGUCGGACGAUGCUUCUGCGAACCCAGUUUCCUUGGUUCCCGAAGUCUUGAAAGAAUACGGCAUCAAUUCUCCUUCCAAGCGCAUCGGCUAUGAACCAGAUUCAGUCAGCUUGCCUCUACGCGUUGGCAAGUUGCUGGAAGAAUCGGUAGAGGGAGUGUGUACCUUGGUCGACCAUAGCUUCCUGUUCUCUAUGGAGCUGCGCCUCGUCAAAUCUGAGGCCGAGUUGCGCAAGAUCCGGAAGGCGGCCUAUCUUGCCGACUUUGCACACGCUCGCGCACUGAAAGUGGCCAAGGCUGGGGCAUACGAAGGUGACGUGUGGCGAGAGCUCGAGGGUACCGUCUACGAAGGCGGUGGUGAUAGUCCCUCUAUGCGAAACGUCCUUGUGGCGGGCAACAAAGCCGUCCUUACACGAUACUCGACCGGCCGAGACAAGAUCGACCGACAGCUGACUCUCGAGCACGCCGCUGUCUACAAGCACUACCACUGCUGCCUAAUGCGGACUACCCACUACGGCGGAGUGACCAAACUGGCACGACGAAUGUUCGAAGCCAACGUCAAGCAGAUGAAAGAGGCUAUGGAAGCACUCAAGCCCGGCCGCGAACUCGGAGACGUGUUCGAAGCGUAUGCUCGUGUAAGCGCUGAAUACGGCUUCGAAGAUGGACGACUCAACGCCUGUGGAUACAGUUUGGGCGCCACGUUCCCGCCCAACUGGAUGGAUUACCCCAUGUUCGCUCGAGGUCAGAAGAUCAUCGCCAAGCCUGGAAUGGUCUUCUUCAUCCACAUGAUCCUGUUGGACAAAGCCACAGACACGGCCACCUCGUUUGGACAGACCGUCGAGGUCACUCAAGACGGGUGCCGCGCCCUUUCCAAGUUGGCCCCAUACAUGACGCGGAAACAGACCCUCGCGGCCUUCAAGAAGAUUCGAAAGGAAGACUACGGCUUCACCUCCGCCGAAGAAGACGAAGGUGAGAACAUUCAAGACGUUGAGUUGUCGGACGGUGAUGUGGAUGCGGACGAUUACGAGAUUGAAUAUGACUUCAGCAACUACCAGCCGGCGGCAAACCCAAAUCUGAAGGCUUAGACCUCUUAAAUAUAGUGAUGGGGCAGCCAUAGUCCCAUGUCGUAGACACUUGAGACUAUAACGAACAAUGGAAUCGACAUUUUUU